UUUAGAUAUGUAUCAACAAUUUCUAUACUAGUACUACUCAACUUUAUACAACUACUUCUGCUCUACCCAUUUUUUUAUAUUUUUUAGUGAACUUUGUGUUGGUUUCUUUACUUGUCUCCACUGUUCUUCUCGUCCGCCUUUAUUUUAUUACUCAAACCUGUUAAAAAAAAAUUAAUUUUUUAACGUUUAACUUUUUUCUUUUACGAUAAUAUAAUGUAGUUUGUUCUUGUCCAUCUGUUACUCUAUUCUUGGAUGACGCUUUUAAGCUCGAAUUCUCGUCGUUUUCUGCUUUCUUCAUCUCCUGUACAAGCUUUUGUUGCUUUUUUUUUCUUUUCACUCUGUUCGAGAUACUCGUAUUACUAAUGUUUGUUUGAUCAGAUCAAUUAUAUAUCAAAACGCAUGCAUUUCCCUGCCAUUUCUUUUCCCGCUCUUGAGCUUAAACAAAGAAGAAAAAGUUUUUCUUUCAACAAAACUCUUAGACAAUAAAUAUACAAAUCUCACUCGAGGACCAAAAACUUGGUGAAAAAAGCAAAGCAAUAAAGAUGAAUACAAGAGUUCGCACUGCUGUUCAGUCUAUGAAGCCUCCUUUAAAGCAUGAUAAAAAGGAAGAAAUGGAGACUCAGGGACGCAAAGGACUUGGUGCUGGCAAAGCUGUGUCCAAUCGGCGUCGAUCCAACAGGGAAAGGAAAAUGGCCCUAUUACAAGAUGUUGAUAAGCUAAAGAGGAAGCUUAGACAUGAAGAGAAUGUUCAUAGAGCUUUAGAGAGGGCAUUUACUAGGCCUUUGGGGUCUCUUCCCCGUCUUCCUCCUUAUCUCCCUCCAUAUACAUUGGAGCUACUUGCUGAAGUAGCUGUUUUGGAAGAGGAGGUUGUUAGGCUUGAAGAGCAAGUUGUGAAUUUUAGGCAAGGUCUGUAUCAGGAAGCAGUUUACAUUUCCUCUAAGAGGAAUGCAGAGAAUUCGAAUGAUUCUGAUCAAUUGUCUCUUCGAAGUUAUAAACACCAGCGGUCUAAGUCUUUCUCCUGUAAUGAGAUCAAUUUGGCAUCAACACCGGCCAGGCCUCAACCUUCUCUUGGCAGAAGUACUUCAAGCAGAAAGCUACUGUCCACAGAUACAAUAAAUGAUCGAACAUCACAUAGUUUUAUUAGGACAAUGAAUGGAAAACAAUCUUCAGUUAAACCCAAUCCAUUUUCAUCUCAUUUGGAAGAUGGGCGAGGAAAAGAGAACCGUUCAUGUACUAACUCUGUGAAGGAUAAGCAAUCUCCGGAAAAGAAAAUUGCCAAAGUUGUUACCCCAGUUAAGAGACUUCCAAUCAAGAAUGAAGCACAUGAUCCCAAGGGUGUGGAUCAUUUAAAGUUGCAGCUAGAAUGUAGAUUAGAGGACCAGGAAAAAGCACAAGAGAGCUGUUCUGGUUCAUCCGGUGAUAGAUUAUCAGAAGUUGAAAGCUCACCAAACAAAUUGUCCGAGGAUAUUCUUAGAUGCUUGUGUAGCAUUUUUGUGAGGAUUAGCACACUGAAGGACAAAGCAGUGGAUUCUCGUGAAAGCAGUGAAGGAAGUAAUUGGGAUCCCUAUGGUACCCACUCUGAAGUCAGCCACGGUGAUAUUGGUCCAUAUACGAAUCUCUGUGCAAUUGAAGCAAGCUCACUUGAUCUCAAUCGAACCUCAAAUGCAUUGUUUCUGAUCCAUAGGCUGAAGUUCCUGUUUGGGAAGCUCGCCAUUGUCAAUUUAGAAGGUCUUACUCAUCAACAAAAGCUUGCAUUCUGGAUUAACACUUAUAAUUCCUGUGUUCUGAAUGCAUUUCUAGAACAUGGGAUCCCAGACACUCCUGAAGUGGUUGUAGCACUUACGCAGAAGGCAACAAUAGUUGUGGGGGGACACUUGCUCAAUGCAAUAACAAUUGAGCACUUCAUCUUGAGACUGCCGUAUCACUUAAAGUUUACAUGUCCUAAAGCGGCUAAAAAUGAUGAGAUGAAAGCGUGCAGUAUAUUUGGAUUGGAGUGGUCUGAACCCUUGGUUACAUUUGCACUCUGCUGUGGGAGCUGGUCCUCCCCUGCUGUGAGGGUGUACACUGCAUCUCAAGUUGAAGAAGAGUUGGAAAGUGCAAAGAGGGACUAUCUACAUGCAGCUGUUGGCAUUUCAAGGACAAACAAGCUGAUAAUCCCCAAGCUGUUGGAUUGGUAUCUUCUGGACUUUGCAAAGGACUUGGGCUCAUUACUCGACUGGAUUUGCCUGCAGCUACCAGAUGAACUCAGGAGUGCUGCAGUUAAAUGCCUCGAGAGAAGGAAAAUAGAGCCUAUUUCUCACUUAGUGCAAGUAAUGCCAUAUGACUUCAGUUUCCGGUUGCUUUUACACCGGUGAUACUUUUCGUCUCUAUAAUUCUAUGCUCUACUUUGUUUAUAUACUGGUAUAGUGGACAUGGUGCAAAUACAUAUAUAGUUAGCAUUUGUAAUCAA